AUGUCGAGGCUGAGUCUGAUUUUGAUUUUAAUUCUAAAUAUAAAACUCACUCUGACUAAGAGUUUCAAGAGAUAUUCUCCUCCAGGACCGAGGCCUUUGCCAGUCAUUGGAAACCUGCACAUACUUAAUCUGAAGAAGCCUUACCAAACCAUGCAACAGCUCUCCCAAAAAUAUGGCAACAUCUUCAGCUUGAGGAUGGGUCCCAAGAAGGUGGUGGUGCUAUCUGGAUAUGAGACAGUGAAAGAUGCACUGGUAAACCACUCUGAGGAGUUUGGAGAGAGGGCCCAUGUGCCUAUGUUUGAAAAAAUAUUUGAAGGAAAAGAGCAGGGAAUCGUCUUUGCUCAUGGUGAAAAGUGGAAAAUCAUUAGGAGAUUCAGCUUGACUACUCUGAGAAACUUUGGCAUGGGCAAGAGAAUCAUAGAGGAGAGAAUUAUGGAAGAAUGUCAAUAUCUAAUACAAGUCAUUGAGUCCUAUCAAGGAAAGCCUUUUGAGACCAAGACAAUCAUGAAUGCUUCUGUAGCCAAUAUCAUUGUGUCAGUCCUGCUUGGGAAGAGGUUUGAUUACCAAGAUCCUCAGUUCCUGAGACUUCUAUAUUUGAUUGGCGAAAAUGUGAGACUUAUAGGAGGUCCUAGCAUUAUGCUUUUCAAUAUGUUCCCAGCCUUGGGGUUUGUUCUACAAGAUCACAAAACAGUACUCAAGAAUAGAGAUGAAUUAUUUUCUUUUGUGAGGAUGACUUUCUUAGACCAUCUUCAAAAACUGGAUAAAAACGACCAAAGAAGUUUCAUCGAUGCCUUUCUUAUCAGACAACAGGAGGAAAAAGAUAAAUCUGAUGACUGCUUCAGCAAUGAUAACUUGGUGGCCCUUGUUACUAACCUGUUUGUUGCGGGAACAGAGACUACCUCCACUACCCUACGUUGGGGAAUCCUACUCAUGAUGAAAUAUCCUGAGAUCCAGAAAAAAGUCCAAAAUGAGAUCAUCAAAGUUAUAGGAUCAACCCAGCCUCGAAUGGAACAUCGAGCUCAAAUGCCAUAUACAGAUGCUGUCAUCCAUGAAAUUCAGAGAUUUUCUAGUAUACUGCCAAUGAGCGUUUCCCGUGAAACUACCACGGAUGUCAUCUUUAAAAAUUAUUACAUUCCAAAGGGAACUGAGACCAUUAUCUUAUUAACCUCAGUACUUCAAGAUCAAACCCAGUGGGAAAAACCUCACACCUUCAAUCCCCAGCAUUUCCUCAAUGUGGAAGGAAAAUUUGUCAAGAGAGGUGCCUUCCUUCCUUUUUCAGCAGGUCAAAGGAUGUGUGCAGGAGAGUCCCUAGCCAAAAUGGAGCUAUUCCUGUUUUUUACCAGUCUCCUUCAAAAAUUCACCUUCCACCCACCUCCUGGAGUCUCUACUAUGGAUCUGGAUAUCACCGCAGACAGUGGAUUCACAUCACGGCCAAAACCCCACAAGAUCUGUGCUGUGCCAUAUUCCUAGGGGUCUUUCUUGGACUCCUUCACCUGGCUCCUGUUUGUUGGGGUUUUUUUCUUCUCUGUGCUGCCUUCCUUCUUCUGCUACAGUGAGUGAUGGGUCAAAUGACUACCUGACCUCUUAAUUUCAUUUGUCUACAGCAUCAUCUGGUCUAGACACUCCUUUUGGUCCACCAAAAGGGACUUUCUCAUCUAGUCAUCCCUUUCUAUUUGAGGUAUGAUGACAUCUGUCUUCUGAUGCAUCUGUCUUUGAGGUUCAUAUCAGAUGCAAAGCAGUAAAAGCAAAAGCCCAGAGCAUUAGCUGUUCAAGUAGUCACUUAUUGCUUCAGAUUUUUUUGGUUUGUUUCAAAGAUAGAAGUUUUCAAAUUACUCCCAAAUAUCAGAAAAGUUUCCUGGAAUCAAACCUUUCGAUGAUCACACAAAGAUAACUGAAUCACAUUCUGCCCUUGAUAGACUCACAAACAUCUCCAAAAAUACAUUGCUGAAAGAAAUCCACUUUCAAAUGUGGAAUAUACCAUUAGACACAGCUCAUUGGACUUAGUCCUACAACUAAUGAAGGAUAUUGUCUUGUGCUGAAGGUAUUGUCUUGAUCUGCAAAAUUUACUACCUAUACAAACACCAAUAGUUAUUAUUACAACAUACAAGAGAUGUAUUGAAUCACUUAA